CAAUCAAUUAAAAACAGAAUUUUUUUGUCCACAAACCGAAGAUUUGGUCAAUUUUCCAAGGGUCAUCGAAACAAUGGCAACGUGGUGCUUCUUGCAAAAAUGAAGACAUAGAGACUCAGACACGUUGUCAAGGCAGAGAAAACUGCGUCUGUUUUUCUGAGUCUAUGCCUUUUGUUACAGAAUUAGAGAGAAAAAAUAGAGAUUAAAAAAAAAAAGAAAAAAGAGAGAGAUGGUACAGAUUGAUGGAAGAGCUUCAAGUAUGAUUGUGUUUGCAAUAUUUUCUUUAUCUGCAAUUUCAGUUUUCUUUGUGACAAGAAGUUCCGAAGGAUCAAUUUCAUGGUUUGGUUUCUAUACAUCUCCAUUAACGGCAAGGACUUCUAUUAACUAUUCAAACAUGGACAAAAGAAAGCAGAAUAAUACUUUUCUUGAGAAAAGUGUUAACCACAAAGCUAAUAUUCAUGGAGAUGAAAAUCUGGAGAAAAUUGAAGCUCGUCUUGCUGGAGCUAGAGCAUUGAUAAAGGAAGCAAUGAAAAUACAGAACCAUACUAAAACUCUUCAAGAUGAAGAUUAUGUUCCACAUGGAGAACUUUACAGAAACCCUAAUGCCUUCCAUAGGAGUUACCUUCUAAUGGAGCGUCUCUUUAAGAUAUUUGUAUAUGAAGAAGGAGAGCCACCAAUUUUCCAUAAUGGUCCUUGCAAGAAUAUAUAUUCCAUGGAGGGUAUGUUCCUCAGCUUCAUGGAAACUGAUACAAAAUUCAGGACUUAUAAUCCUGAUGAAGCUUAUGUCUAUUUCCUUCCUUUUAGUGUUGUGAUGAUAAUUGAGUACCUAUUCCAUCCCAUCAUUCGCGACAAAGCAGUUCUUGAGCGAACCGUCGUUGAUUAUGUUCGAAUUGUUUCCGAAAGAUAUCCAUACUGGAACAGAAGCCUUGGAGCUGAUCAUUUCAUGCUAUCCUGCCAUGACUGGGGUCCUCGGGCAACUUGGUAUGUACCUCUGCUUUAUUUCAGAGCCAUCCGAGUUCUAUGCAAUGCCAAUACUUCAGAGCACUUCAACCCCAAGAAAGAUGCCUCAUUUCCCGAAAUCAAUCUCCAAACAGGGGAGAUAACAAGUCUCACUGGCGGUUUGCCAUUGUCUAACCGUUCAAUACUGGCGUUCUUCGCUGGAGCAAUGCACGGUCGAAUAAGGCCUGCACUAUUCCAGCAUUGGAAGGAAAAUGACGUGGAUAUACAAGUUUAUGAAAAACUCCCUGAAGGGAUUUCAUACCAUGACAUGAUGAGGAAGAGCAAGUUCUGUAUUUGUCCUAGUGGUCAUGAAGUUGCUAGCCCCAGAAUCGUCGAAGCAAUCUAUGCAGAAUGCGUGCCGGUUUUGGUGUCACAGCAUUACAUAUUCCCUUUCAGUGAUGUUCUCAACUGGGAUUCUUUUGCUAUCAAAGUUUCAGUCAGUGAAAUCCCAAAACUUAAGGAAAUUUUAAUGGGGAUAUCAGAGGAUGAGUAUGUAAGAAUGCAGCAGAGAGUGAAGCAAGUUCAAAGACAUUUUAGGCUUAAUAAUCCUCCAAAAAGAUAUGAUGUUUUCCAUAUGAUAAUCCAUUCAAUUUGGCUUAGAAGAUUGAAUGUACACGUUACAAGUUGAUUCUUAGCACAUAAGUAUAAAAUUAAUCAAAUUUUAGUAA